AUGUGGACAAAUGUCUUCAAAAUCGGUGGUCUACAUCAAGUAUCAUGGUUCCAGUAUCUCCCGAACGAAUCUGAUCCCAACAUUUCUGAUAGAAGUGCAAAGUUAAACCAAAGAGAUUUUGCUGCACAAUUAGUCCUUUCAUCCCAUUUGCAGUUACAAAAAGAUGGAUUCCUUAGCACAUGGGGUAAUUCUUUUGUUGGCCCUUGGGAUCCAUCUCAGGGUCUACAUAACCCUGAUGAGAAAAUCAAGCUAUGGCUUUUUAUCCCUGGUCGCCAUUCGUCUCCCAAUGAUAAAGCCAAAGCCAUUGUAUCUAAACUGAGAGUUCUUGCAUCUGGAGUUUGGUUAGCACCUGGGGAUUCUGAAGAGGUGGCAGCUGCACUUUCUCAAGCUUUAAGGAAUUGUAUUGAAAGAGCAUUAGUAAAUCUUUCAUAUAUGAGAUUUGGGGAUGUAUUUUCAAGAUACCAUCCAUCUUCACAAGGAGAAUCAUUUAGGAGAGGCAGACCAAUGCUUGAGUUCAUAUUUACUGCAACAGAAGAAGCAGUAUUCGUUCAUGUCAUAAUAUCUGCAAAGCAUGUUCGGGCACUUUCAAAUGGUGACAUGGAGGCAAUCUUGAAGCGCACGUCUAGUCAUUCUAGUGACAGGCUUCCAGUUAUUGCUUCACCUCAUGGAAUGCGUGGCAGACUUACAGGAUUUUGUCCAGGUGAUCUUGUGAAGCAAUUGUAUUUCAGUUCUGGAAAGUUCAAGGCUUCAAAUGGAAUUGUUGGUCUUCCAAACCAAAUGUCCCAAACCUCCGGGUGCCAACUCAGGGGCCAAAAAUGUUACCUUGAAGUAACCCUAGGGUGCGAAAGUGUCAAAAAUGAGAAACCAUUACCAUCAAAUUCAACUAAAAACUUUUCAAAGCAUCAUUCAACUGAAAAUGAGAAGGGGCCCACAUACGAUAAAACUUUCAUAUAUCCAACCGAAGCAGUUCUUGUACCCGUUGUUCAAACAUCAUCCGCUAGAUCCUCUCUAAAAAGAUUCUGGCUUCAAAACUGGAUGGGCCCAUCAUUGUCUGGUUCCUCUUUCUCUAUGCAAUGUGAUGCUUUGAGUAGCAUGGAUGGAUCAUGGCAUGAUGCAAGCAUCCGAUGUCAACAGGGUUACAAUAGUAGUGGGAAUAGUAAUAGUAGCAGUAUUAGCACAAGUUCAUCUAGUGAUAGUGAUUAUAGAAUGACAGCAGAAACUGGUGACCUUGAAGCUGAUGCUGAUUCUCUUUCUUGCAUAAAAUCUGGAUUAACUUCUGCUGAUCAAAUGCAUAUUGAUGCCUCCAAAAUGGGUAGCAAGCGAUCAAGGCCUGGAUUGACCGAGUCAUAUGGUCAAGCUGGAGCAGUCAUUAAUGACUUUGGGUCAAUGGAAGUCAACAAUGAGCAAGGUGGGUCCCAGUGGGAUUGGGAUGAUGAUGACAGAGGCAUGGGUAUGGACAUUCAAGCACUUCUCUCAGAGUUUGGAGAUUUUGGAGACUUUUUUGAAAAUGAUGCUUUACCAUUUGGAGAACCACCAGGGACUGAAGAGUCACAAACACAAACUCCCAUGUUUUCUGCAACGGAUGGUGGAGAUGCAAGUAGCAGCCCAUUUACAGGGAUGAUGGAUGCAUCUGAUCAGAUCAUUAUUCCACUUGGGUUUUCAUCUUUUGAAAGCUUUAAUCCUCCAUCAACUGUUGUAGAAGAAUCCAUAAGCAAAAAUCAAGAACUCACAAAAGAAACAGUGUCAUCAGGCUCAAUGAACUACAACCCACCAGCUAACAACACUGAGUUUGAUUAUGUAAUAAAAGCAGAAGCCAUGAUGACAUUCGCACCUGAAUAUUCAGCAGUUGAAACCCCUGGAAAUGACUUGUUAUUAACUGUCAUUAAAACCCCAUAUGUCCCAAAAUCAAGAACAACCGAAAGUGCAAAUUCAAGCACGAAUAAUUACAUCUACUCUUCAAUUCCUCCUAAGCAUGAUUUAUCUGAUGAUAAAUCAGGUUUCAGUUCUUUAAGUACUGCUUCAAGAUCAAAGAUUUUGGAAGGAGGAUUAGGAAUGGAGAAUUUUGUUUUGUCAUCAAAGACAGGUGUCGCGAAUGAACUCGAAUGCGUCAUGUUUCAAGCUUUUAUGUGUAGAAUAAGACAUACAUUAUUAGCUUCAAACAGAUUAUCCGGGAACAACAACAACAACAACAAUAAUAAUAAUAAUAAUAAUACAAUUUUGUAUCAAAUGCAUAGUGAAUCGAAUGUUUUGGGGGAUAACAUGUCAUCAAAAUAUGAUAUAAAAAAGAAAGAAACAAUUCCAGUUAGAAUCGCGGGUGGUGACAUGGACACUGGGCUUCUAGAUGGGCCUUUGAACUCGCCUGUUGGUGUUUGGAGGACAGUUGGUGUCGCAAAAGGGUCAAAGGCAAUGAGCAUGACACAGAAUAUGGAAUCUUUCGGGAAUAUUCCUCAUAAUUCUUUUACUGAGGAAGGAAUGUUGUUGUCAUAUGGUCAAAGGCAACCUCUUUUAGAGCUUCUUGAUGGAAUGUCUUUGCUUUUUCAACAAGCGUUGACUUUUGUUGAUGUCACUUUGGAUUCCGAUUGUGGGGACGGGCCCUACGGGUGGUUGGCAAUGCAAGAGCAAUGGAGACGCGGGUUUUCAUGUGGGCCCGCUUUGGUUCAUGCGGGUUGUGGCGGGGUGUUGGCGGCUUCUCAUUCUCUUGAUAUUGCUGGUGUCGAGUUAGCGGAUCCACUUUCUGCUGAUGUUCCGGCAUCGUAUGCUAUAACAUUACUACAAUCGGAUAUAAAAUUAGCCUUGAAAUCGGCUUUUGGUAACUUUGAUGGACCCUUGUCAGUCAUGGAUUGGUGCAAAGGGCGAAAUGGUCAAAUUGAUGGGUUUUCAGCUGAGUCAUCAGCAAGUAUAAAUGAUUGUAGAGAUUCUUCAAGUACACCAACAAGCCCAUCUCAAUCUGCUGGUGGAUCAACAUCCUGUCUUAGCAAAGAUGGAAAUCGAAUUGAUGAUGUAAGCGAAAGAAGAUCAAACCAAGAUGAGUCAGAGCAGCAACUCGGCCUCAGGCCUGCACUUCUUGUGCUUCCUAUUCCUGCUAUUCUUGUUGGGUAUCAAGAUGAUUGGCUAAAGACAUCAGCAAGCUCUCUUCAACAUUGGGAAAAAGCUCCUUUUGAACCUUAUGCUAUGCAGAAACACAUGAAUUAUUGCGUUGUAUGUCCAGAUAUUGAUCCCCUUACAACUGCUGCUGCAGACUUUUUUCAACAGCUCGACACUGUUUAUGAAACCUGCAAAUUGGGAACUCAUUCACCUCAAAAUUUGGGUAACCAAACUUCCAAAGACUCGGUCAAAUGGUCAACUUCUGGGUUUGUUUUACUAGAUUGCCCUCAAUCAAUGAAGAUCGAAGGCGAUAGUGCAUCUCUCGUGGGAUCAAUCAGUGAUUACUUUCUUUCUUUAUCCAACGGUUGGGAUUUAACAAGUUUCUUGAAAUCCCUCUCCAAAGUUCUCAAAACCCUAAAACUCAAUUCCAUCUUUGCCCCUAAUUCAAAAGAAGGAAACACCACUCCAUGCACAGUAAUAUACGUGGUGUGCCCGUUUCCCGAACCCGUUUCGAUUUUAAAAACCGUGGUUGAAUCAUGUGUAGCCAUUGGAUCUGCCAUGUGUCCACCAUCCGAUAAAGAACGAAGAUCCGCCUUACAAAAUCAAGUUGGAAAGGCUUUAAGUUGCACAACAGCUGUAGAUGAAGCAUCAAUUUCAAACAUCGUGACAAUUUCCGGUUUCAGUGUCCCUAAAUUAGUCCUCCAAAUCAUAACCGUUGAUUCCAUCUUUCGUGUCACAACCCCGUCUCUCACCGAGCCCGUGAUAUUGAAAGAAAUCGCCUUCACAGUCUACAAUAAAGCGCGAAGAAUCUCCCGAGGGAAUGGAAUCGCCGAUUCCAUUCCAUCGGUUAGAUCUCAGUCGCAGUCUCAUUCGGGAAUGAUGCAAAUGAAUUCGAACUCGCCGAUUCCGGGGAUGUGGAAAGACUCAAUUGCCCCUCGGAUGGUGGGACCUAGAGAGGGCGAGUGGGAUAACAACUCAUGGCAAAUGUCUAAUCGUGUCACGGGAGAAUAUUUUCUUCAAGAUGAGUUAAAAUACAUGUUUGAGCCGCUUUUUAUUCUUGCGGAUUCACCGGAACGCGGGAUUCCGCCGGAAUCAUUGAAGGUUUUGUCAGAUGAUGGGACGAGUUCUGAUACCGGAGACGGGUUGGAUGACGGAUACGGGUCGACCCAUAAACCUCCCCCGAGUUUACAUUGUUGUUAUGGAUGGACAGAGGAUUGGAAGUGGCUUGUUUGUAUAUGGACUGAUUCCAGAGGGGAAUUACUCGAUAGCUAUACGUUUCCAUUCGGUGGAAUCAGUAGUAGACAAGACACAAAGGGGCUUCAAUUCCUUUUUGUUCAAAUUUUGCAACAAGGUUGUCAGAUUCUUCAGGCAUGUUCACCGGAAACAACCACUGCCAGGCCACGAGAUUUUGUCAUUACACGUAUCGGUUGCUUCUUUGAACUUGAAUGCCAAGAAUGGCAGAAAGCGCUUUAUUCUAUUGGUGGUUCGGAGGUGAAAAAAUGGUCGUUGCAGCUCCGGCGAUCGGUGCCGGAUGGGAUUCCGGCGAGUAGUAAUGGUGGUUCUGAAAUGGGUAUGAUUCAAGAUCGGAAUCUGGCGGCUCAUGGGAAGGGUGGUGGGUUUAUGAAAGGUGGUGGGAUGGGACAGGCAGCUUCUAGAAAGCAGAUUUUGAGUGGUGGUGGUGGUGGUGGUGGUGGACAUAUGGGAAUGGAUAAUUCCAAGGGUUUGCUUCAAUGGGUGCAAAGUAUAACUUUUGUAUCGGUUUCAGUUGAUCAUUCAUUACAGUUGGUUUACCAAGCGGAUUCAUCUCCAGGGACAACUCAAGGGAGUGGAAUCAUGGGGCAAUCGGUGUACACGGAAGGAUUCACACCUGUAAAAUCUCUGGGUUCCACAUCAGCAUCUUACAUAUUCAUUCCAUCACCCACCAUGCGAUUCCUCCCCCCGAACCCCCUCCAACUCCCCACCUGCCUAACCUCGGAAUCACCGCCACUCGCCCACCUCCUCCACAGCAAGGGUUCCGCCAUUCCCAUUUCCACCGGAUUUGUAGUCUCAAAAGCCGUUCCUUCCAUGCGAAAAGAUUCAAGAACCAACUCCAAAGAAGAAUGGCCUUCGGUUCUCUCAGUAGCCCUUUUCGAUUACUACGGAGGCAACAACAAUAACAAUAGCAACAACAAUAAUAAUAAUAACAACAACAAUAAUAAUAACGAAAAAACAUCCAAGAACAUGGGAAAAUCUAUCGAGAAUCAUGUGAUUUUGGACAGAGUGGCGGCUGAGCUACACGCGUUGUCUUGGAUGACUGUGAGCCCCGGGUACUUAGAAAGAAGAACAUCGCUUCCUUUUCAUUGUGAUAUGGUGUUGAGGUUAAGAAGGCUUUUGCAUUUUGCGGAUAAACAACUCUCGCAGAUUUCGGUUAAGUCAGAAGUUUAG